GCUUUCCACUUCCAUUAUAUGCAAGAAGGAAAGCUCCUCUCUAACUCUCUCAUAUAAAAAUGUGCCUCUCGUUUUUGGACUCUUCCAUGAUUGUUUGGUAGCUGAAACCAGUUAUUUCAAAGCUAUUGGGAUUGGGCCAUACCUGCUCUGCUUCUUCUUCUCCAUCAGUAAAGCUAGUGUUCUUGAGCAUCUUGUGAUAGAUACGUGAUGCUAGCUGAUGACAAGCUACAUUAUCUACCCAAGUCAAAACAGCGAGGACUUUCUUGAAAGGGUGAAGGAGUUCAGUAGUUUACUUCAUCAGUUGUUGUCUCUAAUCAAGGUAGUGGAAACUCUUCUGACCAAUAUCUCAGACACCAAGGGCUUAUACUUCAUAAUUUGUGCCACUAUGUCUAUCUUACCGAGACUACGCUGCAUCACUGUGGAUGUUACUGGUACCCUAAUAGCUUACAAAGGGGAGCUUGGUGACUACUAUUGCAUGGCAGCCAAAUCUGUUGGCCUACCAUGCCCAGACUACAAACGUGUGCAUGAGGGCUUUAAAUUUGCAUACAAAGACAUGGCAACGAAGUAUCCAUGUUUUGGGUUUGAUGCCAAAAUGUCCAACAUUGUGUGGUGGAAAACCUGCGUGCGAGAUUCUUUUCUCAGGGCUGGAUAUGAAUACGAUGAGGAGACGUUUGAGAAGAUAUUUAGACGAAUAUAUGCAUCCUUUGGUUCAUCUGCUCCUUACAGUGUGUUUCCGGACUCCCAGCCAUUUCUGAGAUGGGUCCGUUCAAAGGGCCUUAAAGUUGGCCUUGUGAGCAAUGCAGAGUAUCGUUAUCAAGAUGUCAUACUGCCAUCCUUGGGUUUAAAUGAGGGCAGUGAGUGGGACUUUGGUGUGUUUUCUGGUCUUGAAGGAGUCGAGAAACCGAAUCCCAGAAUUUAUGAGAUUGCUCUUGAGAGGGCUGGAAAUAUUGCCCCACAAGAAGCUCUUCACAUUGGAGACAGCAUUCGCAAAGACUAUGAACCAGCCAAGAGCAUAGGUAUGCAUGCCCUGUUAUUGGACAGAUUCGAGACUCCUGAUGCUGAGAAUUGGAGAAAAUCUGGGGCCGUUGUUCUUCCUGACUUAGUGGCAGCUCAAGAAUGGCUCUCUUCUGAGAAACCAACUUCCUAGAGCAGCAUUUUUAGCUCAAUAAUGUCUUAUGUUGAGAUUUUAUCCCUUUACUGAUUCAUAUGAAUAUGAGAAAUUGAGGUCGCUGGCGGGAAUCUUGGCUCAAAUUUUCCUGUGUAAGUUGAUAUUACAAUUUAGGGGCAGACUGGGAAUUUGAUGGAGAGGCAGCUUGCUUUUCAAUUUCCUGCAUCUGAAUUCAGUUGUCAUUUAGGCAUAUUCAAAUGUUCUUCAGAAUGACAGAAUAUAACGCAAUGAAUUGACAAACGGAAU